AUGGUGACUGCUAUUAAAAAUUUCGAAUAUGAUCUCAAAAGAAACUCCAUUCUUAUGGAGGAUACCAUUGUGAAUGUGGAAAGUUGCUUUGUCAAGUCUAGAUUAUAUGAUUUCAAGUUGCAAGACUUAUUUAAAAUCCAUCAAAAGAAUAAGUUAGAGACAGAGGCUGAUUACUAUGUUGAUGUUGAAGAUACAGAGAAACUUUGUGAAGCAAUUGAUGAGUUGAGAUAUGAAUUUUGCAACCCUAGACUAUUAGAUAUUAUAGAAGACAAGGUUGAUUUUCUACCAGAUACAAAUUAUCCAAAGUAUUAUCUGGGAAUCUGGUACAUUGCUUUUGAGAUCGAUUUGUUAAUCCAAUGGCCUCCUUCUCAAACUUCCCAUACAAAAGAUUCCUCAACGUCAAGUGAACAAGCCGCUAACGAUAACUCCAAGUUUACGAGAGGUUUCAAACUCCUGGAGUUUGACAACGUUAAAGAACUGAGAAAAGAUGACUUUAAGGCAAACUUUUAUCAAUUGGAAUAUUUCAUAAAGCAAUCCCUAAUGAAAUUUGAUCAUAGAAAGAUCACUGAUAUCCUUAAUGAGCUUUUGUUCAAUUGUAUCAAAUGUUUAGAAACAAGUUCCAGUUCGUAUAAUCCAGAAUUUCAAGAUACUGAAGAAGAAAUGAAUUUUUUACAAGAAGGUUUUAAUACAAGUAUACUGAAGCCUUUGCUGGACUUUUUUAAUGGAUUGAUAAAUGUUCAUUGUGGUGAUCCAGAUAAUAGUUCUAAAUUUUUAAAAAGUGGUAAUAUACCAGCAACAAGUCCAAGUAAGAUUUUGAAAGAAAUAUCUACUGAAACAGGUGAAGGUUAUCCAUCAGAUUUAAUCAAUUUCCCAUUAUUCAAUGGCUCCGAGGAUAUCUCAGUAAAAUUACGGGUGAAUCAAGGCUCAGUGAAUUGCUUUGGUGCCCAAAUGCUAGAUUUAAAUCACUCCAACAAAUUUGACCCUUCAACCAAGUUUAAAGGUUUGAAUACAGUCUUCAGAAAGUCUCUACAAUAUAUACUACCAAGACAUUAUACUCAUUUUAUGCUUACCAACUUUAUCAAGACUCUUUAUUUUGAAUUUCCAGUGUCAACAGGUGGUGUUUGGAAUGGUGAUGAUCCAAACCAUGUUAUAUUGAAAAAAGAACCUUUAUAUUUUUUUCUUUUUGAUAAUUCUAAGGUAAGAGAUCCAGAUAAAAUGUCAUUACAAGCCAUGCUUGCAUUACAAGUGUUUGAUAUAAUUAGAAAAAUAAUGCCAGAAAAUAUUAUUUCAUUUAAAGGCAUGGAUCAACAUAUUGGUGCUUCUUAUAGAGUGAUUGACGAAUCCACAGAUGUGAAAUUUGGAAACUUUUCUUUAGAUCUAAUGAAGAAUGGGUUCAAGAAAAAACAAGGGAUUACAAGAAAAUCAAGUAAACGUGGUAAUAAUGAAGAUUGUUUGAAUAAAAUUGACUAUAUACCAGCUUCACAAAACACAAAAGCAAAGAAAAUAUCAAAUAAGAGAUUCAAGAAAUCUAAUAAAUUCCAAAGACAGCCCAAUUGCAAAUUAAACCAAUAUUUAGAUGGUAUUUUCGAUUUACAAAUUCAAAUGGAAACAAAAGAUUUUGAAGUUUUGGUAGAUUUUACUAAUGCAAGCAGUUUUAAGUUGUUCGUAUCUUCCAAAGAAUUUUUGAAUAAAAUUACUAUAAGAGAUCAAUACAAAGAUUAUGCAUUAUCAGAUCAAGUUUUUUGCAAAAUCUAUGAUACAUUUCAGCUAAAAGAUCUAUUCAGUUAUUCAUCAAGAAUAAGUGGUUCAAAAGAUUUUGAUGAUGUUCAACUGAAUAUCAUGAAUUCAUUAGAAGAUAUAAAAGAUAUUGAUGAAUGGAUCAAUCAUGAUAUGAAAAGACAUUUGUUCAAAGAAAUUAUUGCUUUGAAAAGAAUUGAAAGUUGGAAUUCCAUGAAUGAUGAGUCAAAUCAAAUCAACACUGCCAAACUACUACAAUAUGGUUGGUUUGAUGAUUUAACAUUAGGAAAUGAUAAAUACUCAUUAUUUGGACCUUUUAUGAUAUUUGAAAAGAUUGAUUUCAUUAAUGAUAAUGAAAUUUCAUCUUUGAAACGUGAAGAAAGUUUCAAUAAACAAGUUGAGUUAUUGAAAAAGGCAGGUAUAACCCAUGGAGAUUUAGAAAAUAAAUACAAUUACUGCUUCAACAGUGAUGGUAAAUGUUUCAUUGUGGAUUUUGAUAUGUCUACGGUUGAUAAUGAUUCAAUUCUAGAAAAUGUUUUUGAUAAUAUUGAUUUUUGGCCUCCAGAAGAUAAUGAUUGA